GGACUAUCUUCACACAGACUGGAAGUGCUAACAGGUGGUGAGGACACCACUUUACAAUGAUGCAGGAGGCCCCAUGUCACCCUCACCCAUGGGAAGUUUGACUUGGUGGACUCAGCCAAGCCACAGGGGUCUAACGCUUCUUUGCGGUGAUUCCAGGCUGCCCUGGCAGAGAGCACAGUGCCUGCAGACAUGCUGUCACUGCUCCACGCGUCAACACUGGCGGUCCUUGGGGCUCUGUGUGUAUAUGGUGCAGGUCACCUAGAGCAACCUCAAAUUUCCAGUACUAAAAUGCUGUCAAAAACAGCCCGCCUGGAAUGUGUGGUGUCUGGAGUAACAAUUUCUCAAACAUCUAUAUAUUGGUAUCGAGAAAGACCUGGUGAAGUCAUACAGUUCCUGGUGUGCAUUUUAUAUGACGGCACUGUCAAAAAGGAAUCCAGCAUUCCAUCGGGCAAAUUUGAGGUGGAUAGGAUACCCAAAACGUCUACAUCCACCCUCACCAUUCACAAUGUAGAGAAACAGGACAUAGCUACCUACUAUUGUGCCUUGUGGGAGGUGCACAGUGGUGGGCAACAGUUUGGCAGAAAAGUCAAGCUAUUUGGUCCCGGAACAAAGCUCAUCAUUACAGAUAAACACCUUGAUGCAGAUGUUUCACCCAAGCCCACUAUAUUUCUUCCUUCCAUUGCUGAAACAAACCUCCAUAAGGCUGGAACAUACCUUUGUCUUCUUGAGAAUUUUUUCCCGGAUGUUAUUAAGAUACAUUGGCAAGAAAAGAAGAGCAACACGAUUCUGGGAUCCCAGGAGGGGAACACCGUGAAGACUAACGACACAUACAUGAAAUUUAGCUGGUUAACGGUGCCAGAAAAGUCACUGGAUAAAGAGCACAGAUGUAUUGUCAGACAUGAGAAUAAUAAAAAUGGAGUUGAUCAAGAAAUUAUCUUUCCUCCAAUAAAGACAGAUGUCACCACAAUGGAUCCCAAAGACAAUUGUUCAAAAGAUGCAAAUGAUGCACUACUGCUGCAGCUCACAAACACCUCUGCAUAUUACAUGUACCUCCUCCUGCUCGUCAAGAGUGAGGUCUAUUUUGCCAUCAUCGCCGUCUGUCUGCUUAGAAGAACGGCUGUCUGCUGCAAUGGAGAGAGAUCGUAACAGACGGUGGCACAAGGACGCCAUCUUUUUCUCAUCGGCUAUUGUCCCUAGAAGUGUCUUCUGAGGAUCUAGUUGGGCUUUCUUUCUGGGUUUGGGCUAUUUCAGUUCUCAUGUGUGUACUAUUCUAUCAUUGUUGUAUAAUGGUUUUCAAACCAGUGGGCACACGGAAAACCUCACUCUGUGAUGACAAUGAGGAAUAGCCAUGGCGGUCUCCAGCACCACUCUCUCCAUAUUCUCCACAGCUCCUCCAGCCAACCCAAAUAGCCACUGCCAUGGUGUAGACAGUCCGCGGCUUCUAGCCUUGUCCCUCCCUUAGU